AUGAAGGAUGAGGAGAAAGGCAUUGAGAACAAUGCCUCAAGGCCUGCAGACUCGGCUGUAACGAAGACAGCCAGUCAGAUUCGAGAUGACCCGGCGUUCAUCGUGAAAUGGGACACGAACGAUCCAGAUAAUCCCCAAAAUUGGUCGCCCACCUAUAAAUCAUGGAUUGUGUUCCAGCUUUCGAUGCUGGCCCUUGCGGCCAGCGUGGCCUCUUCGAUGAUUGCGCCGGCCAAUCCUAUACUGGCAAGGUACCUCGGUGUCAGUGACACGGUGGUUGUGCUCGACAUUUCGCUGUUUGUACUGGGAUUCGCGAUCGGCCCUCUGCUGUGGGCGCCCUUGUCUGAGGUCUUUGGUCGACGGGUUUCGUUGCUUCCGCCUAUGGUUGCGCUGGCACUUUGGUCUGUGGGCACUGGCUUGAGCAAGAACGCUGCCUCAGUAUUCAUCACCCGCCUCUUCUCGGGAAUUUUUGGAUCUGGACCUGUGUCCAACGUCAAUGCAGCCCUAGGAGACAUCUUCAGCCGUGAAGCACGUGGGACCCCUGUCAGCCUGUACGCAGUUGCCGUCGUCGGAGGGCCGACGUUAGGACCCGUCAUUGGAGCCGGAAUUGUUGUUGGGCUAGACUGGAGAUGGACACAGUACAUCGGAGCUAUCUGGGUCGGCGCCAUCACCCUCGUCGGCUACUUCUGCCUGCCAGAAGUUUAUCCGCCAUUCCUUCUGAAGCAGAAAGCAGAAAGGCUGCGAAAGGAGACCGGAGACCAAAGACUAUGGCAUCCACAUGAGCGAAUCAAGGUGGACGUCCGUUCGAUCAUCACAAAACAGCUCAACCGACCAAUACUCAUGCUGACAACCGAGCCGAUGUGCACGCUGAUAUGCUUCUACGCAUCUUUUGUCUUUGGCAUACUCUAUCUCACUCUGGAAGCCUUCCCAAUCGUCUUCGCAGAAAUCCGUGGCUGGUCAACAAUCAACUCCUCGCUGCCGUUUCUCGGCUCCUUCACAGGUAUCGUCAUGGCACUAGCGAUCAACAUCGGAAACCAGCCACGGUACAAACGUAUAUCACGAGCAGCUGGGGGAAAAGCUGUACCUGAAGCGCGAUGCCCACCAAUGGCGAUCGGAGGCACACUUAUGGUCAUUGGUCUGUUCCUUCUGGGAUGGACUGCUGAUCCUAAGUACCACUGGAUACUACCCGUUAUAGCCACAGCAUUCAUUGGUGCUGGCUUCAACACGACUUUCCAGCAGUGUCUUAAUUUUCUGGUUGAUACGUACGGGAUGUAUGCCGCGAGUGCCACAGGAGCCAACACCUUUCUGCGCAGCUUUGUCGCGUGUGGUCUUCCAUUGGCUGCUAGGCCAAUGUUCCACCAUAUGGGAGUCGGUCCUGCGUGCUCGUUACUGGGAGCUAUUGCGGCGAUCAUGCUUCCGGUGCCAUUUCUGUUCAUGAAAUUUGGACUGCAACUGCGGAAAUUGUCGAAGUUCGCGCCGGUUGAAAAAGAUGAUACAAAGUGA